AUGAUGCGAGCUAGACUUAUGGUCAACAUACUGGCCAUGCCUUCCUCACUGCGGCCUCUCCUCAUCGAGGCCCUCUUCUAUUCCAAUGUUGGCCAGCACCGCUGGAUCUCAACGGCUGCUCCACGAGUAGACCCUACGUCCAGUCCGCCAUCUGCGCCGAGAGCUCUCGCUUUCACUCCCUCGGCCGCUCAUGUUGGGCCUUCAGUUGCGAUAUCUAUACCGAAGCCUUCCUCAUCCGACCUCCGAUCAUGUAAUAACCUCUUCACCAACCCUCCGCCACGCUUCCUCUACUCCGCCCCGCGAUUCCUCAACGUGCCGGUCAACACGCGCAUACCCGAAGUCUGCAUCCUAGGGCGCUCAAAUGUCGGCAAGUCAACAUUGAUCAAUGCCCUCACAGGUGUUGAUGCCAGCCGAGCGGGCCGUAGCCACGGCGCUGGCUCCAAGCGAGCAGGCCUGGCCAUCACCAGCGCCAAGGCGGGGUGUACCAAGAUGAUGAAUGCGUAUGGCUUCGGCCCGCCGAUGAGGGUCCUCCCAAUCCCGAAGGUUCAAGGGGAAGAGGGCAUCGAGUCUAGGAGCCUAAGCAGGAAAGAGCGGAGGGAGGCUAAGGACAAGAGGGAGAAGCCGCCGGCACACAGCCUCAUCCUCAUGGACAUGCCGGGCUACGGGCUGAACUCGCGGACAGAAUGGGGCGCCGAGAUCCAGAAGUACCUCGCGCGGAGGGCGAUGCUGCGGGGCGCGGUGGUGCUGAUUGAUGCGGUCGCUGGAGUGAAGGAUGGGGAUCGCAUGGUGCUGGGUCUGCUGCGGGACGCAAAUGUAAGAACAACGAUUGUGCUCACCAAGGCGGAUAAGGUCAUUUUCGCGUCUGGCAAGGACCAGAACAGCCAUGCCGAACUGGAACGAAGAUGCCGCCAUGUAUGGGAGGAGCUGCGGGAGAUAGAGAAGGAUAGCCUGUCGUGGUCUGAGGGCAAGGGCUGGAACAGGCAGAUUUGGGUUACCGGCGCAGGUGACCCAAAGUAUGGCGGCAUGGGUGUGGACGGCGCCCGACUGGCAAUCUGCCAAAUGGUCGGUCUGGCCGAGAACCCGGAUUUUGAGGUCGAAGCCGUCCGCUCGCUUGCGCCGAGCAGCAGCGGCCGGAUCAUCCCCUUUGAUCAGAUCGGACGGCCAGCUCAAGGAGUGGCUACCACAUCCCAUCAAACAACUAGUAAAGGGCGGGCAGCCAAGGUUAUCUACACGUGCAAGUUUCUAGACCAUUAA